CGGUGAAGUAUUUCGCAAUACCGGCAGGCUGACUCCCAAAACAAAUACCAGAAAGUAUAUUUUUAAGAAAAUAUAAGCAUCACAGCCUCGACGGAAAUGCAGCUUUAUUGGCCAAUGGAUUAGGCGUGCUACAACAAGCUUGACUUGACGGCGAUCAACGCACAUGUACUGUACAAGGCAUGCAUGGGGGCCACUGAGAAAAGAAGAGCGUUCUUGGCUCACCUUACAGAGGAACUUCGUCUUCGCUUCUUACAAGAAAAGGCGAUGGAUAAAGCAAAAGAGGAUGCAACAUCGACAAGCUUCUGUUCCAAGACUGCCGCUUCCCCCAGACCCUUCAAUGUAAUAGGAACCACAAUAUAGAGAGGUCAAUGAAGUAGUUGCAUGCUGAAAGGAAAAUACUGAAAAGAAUCACAGAUUUCACAACUUUUGCCAUCUUUUGUGUUUUUCAAUAAAAUCUGCAAGAUACCAGGAAGCAGUGAUAAUAGAAAGUUAGUCCAAAUGAGCAAACCAUCACAGGAGAAACCCAUGAUUGAUCAAAAUGGAGUAAGUGUCAUCCAAACACAAGCACAUGCUAGCGGUUUGCAGCAAGUUCCGCAGCUCGUCCCAGUCAGUCCUGGAAGAGGAGGAAAGGCAAUGCCUCCCAGCAAAGCAAAGAAGUGUACUCCUGAGAAAGACAGCGAGGAAUAUAGGCAGCGACGGGAGCGCAACAAUUUAGCUGUGAAAAAAAGCCGCAUGAAGAGCAAGCAGAAAGCUCAGGAUACCCAGCAAAGGGUAAAUGAAUUAAAAGAAGAAAAUGAACGUUUGGAGGCAAAGAUUAAGCUUCUUAGUAAAGAGCUGAGUGUUCUGAAAGAUUUGUUUCUUGAACAUGCUCACAAUCUUGCAGAUAAUGUCCAUCCUCAAAAUACUGAUACCACCACAAUGGGACAAAAUACCAAUGCUCAGUAGGCUAUAAGACAUUUUUUAUACUUCAUGUUUGACGUUGUGUUGUUUUUGUUAUUUGUACCCCAUCUAACCUCUAAGUAUGUUAAAUUUGAGGUAUUUUACAUUUCUGACUUAGCUCUCUGUUUUUUUAUUUUUACUUUUAUUUCCCCUGAUGGUUUUGCAUUGAAUCUGUAGUUAUUUGAUUGGUUGUUUUCAAUUUUAAACAUUUUGACAUUGUAUUUCUUGCUCCAUUAAAUCUGUUUACCUGGUGAUGACAGUUAUUAACAUGGAUUUAUAUUAUUUCAAUGGAAAGUAACUCAAAUUAUUGAAUUGACAUAAACUAUUAUAGAUUUUCAUUUUCUUGGGCUUAGAAUUUGUAUUUGAUUGCUUCACUGAAGAUCAUUAUCAUUUCAUUAAGAGACACAUUUUUUUCUUUUUAAUUUCUUUUAUUUAUAUUGUUUUAGUUCAUUUAAUGUUAAAAAUGCAGUUUCUGUAGCAGGUGUUGUCAUAAAGGUUGUGCUCACAUUCAGUUUUCUCCGAUCCACAUUUUGUGCAUUUUAUUUUUUAAUUCCAUAUACCCAUAAAUUGGUGGCAAAACUUGGUCAAAAAGUGAGUAGUAGGUAAGUGCACAUUUUAAUUUCAACUGUUCUUUCAUGCAGUGAUUAAGUUAGUCCUAUAAAUUUAAAUAUAUGCUUAAUUAAAUUUCUUGCUUACAUAUUUCUGCUUUUAGUAUUACAAAGGAAUUGCCAUUAACCCCAUUACUCAUUUUGUGUUUUUAUU